AUGGGGUCACCGUGGUAUGUUACUUUCGCGUGGAUCGCGGUUCUCGUCUUCGUCCUCAAAUUGAAGGAUGUCGGCCGAAGACCCAAAGGCUACCCCCCCGGGCCGCCUACCCUUCCCAUCCUCGGCAAUCUCCAUCAGAUGCCCUCCAAAAACGGUCACGUACAAUUCAAGAAAUGGGCGGAGGAAUACGGGCCGGUUUACUCCCUCAUUAUCGGCACCCAGGUCAUGAUUGUGCUGUCUUCCGAUACGGCGAUCAAGGACUUGCUUGAUAAGAGAAGUGGGAUUUACUCGUCGAGACCGGAUAUGUACAUCAGCAGUACGCUGGCAAGCGGGGGGAUGCGCAUGCUUCUCAUGGAGUACGGAGAAACCUGGCGUCGCAUCCGCAAACUCUUCCACAGCCUACUGCGCGUGGGAGCAUCCAAGUCAUACGUGCCCUACCAAGACCUAGAAAGCACCUCAAUGAUGGUGGCCAUCUUGGACGAACCGAACCUUGUAUUCGACCACAUCCGCCGGUACACCAACUCCCUAAGCACCCAAAUCAUCUAUGGAUUCCGGACAGCCAGGAUCGACGACCCAAGACUUCUCCAGUUGUAUAAGAGCAUUGAGGACUGGGCUCUUGUUACUGGAGCGGCGGCCGCGGCACUGCUCGAUGCGUAUCCUAUACUGCGGUCGCUGCCGACUUUUAUUAGGCCGUUGUAUCAUCAUGCGUUGUCGUUGGGGGAGUUUACUUUGUCCUUGAACAUGGGGCUGUGGCAGGAGGCGAAGAAGAAGGUGGAACGGGGGACUGCUAAGCCAUGUUUUUGCGUCGGUCUAGUCCAAGCUCAAGAUGUCGAGGGAUGGACAGACAAACUCUGCGCCAUGAUAGGCGGUACAGCGCUAGAAGCCAGUUCAGAUACGACAGCUUCGACUCUCGUCGGCUUGAUCCAAGCUCUAGUUCUGUACCCCGAAGCUCAGAAGAAGGCCCAAGAAGCAAUCGACAAAGUCUGCGGCAACAGAUUUCCCACCGCCAAAGACAUGGAGAACCCGGACGCGCAGUAUAUCCGGGCUUGUGUCAAGGAAAACCUGCGGUGGAUGCCGACUGCCAUUCUGGGUGUGCCACACAGUGUCAUUCGGGAUGAUGAGUACAUGGGGUAUCACAUUCCCAAGGGGGCCAGCGUGGUUUAUAAUGUUUGGACCGUCCACAUGGACGAAAAGAGACAUCCCAACCCUCGUGUCUUCGACCCGUCUCGUUAUAUCGACGACUUCAAGAACUCCACCGAGUCAACCCAGAGUCCCGACGUAUCCAAGCGUGAUCACUUCAGCUUUGGGGUCGGGAGACGUGUCUGCGAAGGGAUGCACGUAGUCGACCGGUCCAUGUUUCUUGUCAUUGCCCGUCUGAUGUGGGCAUUCGACAUCCGACCCGCGACGGACGCCGAUGGAAAGGAGGUACUGCCCGAUCAGGAUGACUUGGUGGGUGGCUUUCUUGUGCAGCCGAGACCGUUCCCAGUUGUGAUCAAGCCGAGGAGUGGAGUUCGCGCGGCCAAGGUGCGUGAGGCGUGGGCAGAGUGUCGGGCGCUUCUUGAUGAGGAGCAGCAGUGGAAGGAAGUUCCUAAGGGGAUGCCGUUUAUAACGUACGAGGUUGAUGGAAAGAGUGAUUUGGUUUGA